AUGACCCACACAUACAAGUUCAACGUCACGAUGACCUGCGGAGGUUGCUCUGGUGCCGUAGAGCGUGUGCUCAGGAAGCUCGAAGGUGUCGAGUCCUUCAACGUCAAUCUCGAGACGCAAACCGCCGAAGUCGUCGCUGCCGACUCGCUGCCAUACGAGACAGUUCUGGAGAAGAUCAAGAAGACCGGCAAGGCCGUCAAGUCUGGACAGGCCGACGGCGAGCCCAGGGAUAUAUAA